AUGACAAACGUAAACGAUGAGUCUCCGGAGUUUCCCAAUGACAUGCAGUCUGGCCUGCGGUAUGACGCGGCAGUGGGGUCCGAUGUCUACCUGGCCAAGGCCACUGAUGCUGAUGAGAGUUUAAUCACGCAGUUUGAGUACCUGCUCAAGGUGAUCGCCGUAGACGAUGGCUCAUGUUGCGGUGGUAUCACCACACGGACCAGCACCGGUACACUCACCGUCAACAUCCUCACCGAUAACGAGAACCGGCCUCUGUUCCCUGACUGUCAGAGUUUGACACCGCACGUCAAAGAAGAGCAGGCAGAUUAUUCCAUAAAAGCUGCUUUAAUGGGUCAGAAACCUAUGCAAAUAGGAUGCACACUCAUUACAUGCAUGUCCCUGGUGACACUUAAGGUGACUGCAGGAGAUCCAGACUUCGGCACUAAUGGAGAGCAACUGUUAUUGAAAGUAAUCGGUCGAGAUCAAGGAAACCCUGCUUUAUAUUCGUCAGCAUCAGUCGUGAUCAAUCUGAUAACAUAUGCCGAUAACCAGCCCCCGAAAUGGCUUGGGAACGAGAGCAACUUCCAAGUGAGCGUACCAGAAAACCAUGAUAAGGCUAAAGCUCUGGUCAAUUCUACUGCAAAUUCCAGCUCCGCAAUGCCAACCCUUAGUUUUGGAGUUACAGACAGCUUUGAUAAUCUCUUCUACACAUUUGCUCUAUCAUCAAACGGCCGCAUCCAGGCAGGAUCACUACGUCAUCUGUACGACUUUGAUCACGAGAAAAUUACUCAGUAUACUGUCAGGCUGAGGGCUACUGAUGUGGAAAACGAGCAGGCCAUAAGAAUCUGCACAGUGGCCAUCACUGAUGUAAAUGACAAUGAGCCAAGAUUCCUUGGAAUUAAUCCGGACAACUCUUUGCUUGAACUCCGUAUUCAGGAGGGUGACUACACAAAGGCUUUUGAAAAUGGGGAACUGGUCGAUACCAUAAAUGCGGUAGAUGAUGAUGGCACUGCGCCGAACAAUCAGGUUCAAGAAUAUCGCAUCACCUCCGACGGGAGUGGAUUCUUCCAGAUAGAUGCAACAUCGGGGAAACUGACUACUAAAGCAAACAUUGACAAGGAACAUACCGAACUCUACAUGAUCCAGGUGGAGGCUGUUGAUGCUGCCCCCUCAUCAUUCCUGCCAAACGGAAAACACAAUACAGGUGGAGGCCGUUGAUGCUGCCCCCUCAUCAUUCCGGCCGAACGGAAAACACAAUACAGGUGGAGGCCGUUGAUGCUGCCCCCUCAUCAUUCCGGCCAAACGGAAAACACAAUACAGGUGGAGGCUGUUGAUGCUG